AUGGCUUUCUGGUCUUUCGAGCUUGCAGAACCUAGACAUGAAUAUGUAGAUCUUAGCAAAGCAUCUGAUUGGUUUCAGGUGACAAACACACUCCCCUCUAUGCUGGUAGAGUUGCAUAUGUCCGGUUGUGAACUCAAUCAAAUACCAGUUGGUGUUGCAAACAUGACAAGGCUUAAAGUUGUUAAUCUCAGGUGGGACAUCAUCUGGGGUACCAUACCUCAAUGGUUGUACACUUGUAGCAAUUUUGAGUCCCUAUCCCUUUAUUUGAUUCUCUUGCGAGGUGAAAUUUCAAGUUCCAUUGGAAACUUGACAGCCAUUGUCAAUUUUGACUUGUCUGCUAAUCAAAUUGAUGGGAAAAUGCCAAACUCAUUGGGAAAUCUUUGUAAGUUGACAGUUCUUGAUCUGUCAAGGAACUAUUUCAAUGGAAGCGUAUCAGAAAUAUUGGGAAGCUUGUCAGGGUGUAGUUCAGGUCAAAUGGAGUCACGGGAGCUGUCAACAAAUGAUUUUUCAGGUCCACUAUCCGAUCAGCUAGGAAAUUUCAGACAUUUUAAGCCUCUCCUUGCUCUUUCGAAUAAUUCAGUAUCAGGUCCAAUUCUAGCGUCCUUGGGAAAUCUGUCAUUCCUAGAGAGGCAAGCAUUUCUGAAAAUCAUUUUAAUCGAACUCUCCCAAAAACUACUGGUCAACUCAAAAUGGUUAAAGGUGUCUUAA